CGAACAGACAGACCCGCCGCCGCUCGUGCUCGUGAGUCUCUGUUGACAGCUAAUGCAUCGCGAGGACAGCCGCCGCCGUGACCCUCCAUCCAUUCCGUACUUUACCGUCCGUAUUUUUGUACUGCUGCUUUUCACAGCCUGAGCUGCCGUUCUCGCCUCACCCUUGGGGGGUGUCUGUCCAAACAUCCGGGCCAUCCUCUCUCUCUCCCCUCUCUCUCUGUGUCUCUCUCCCCUCUCUCUCUGUGUCUCUCUCCCCUCUCUCUCUGUGUCUCUCUCCCCUCUCUCUCCUCUCUCUCUCUGUGUCUCUCUCCCAACAGCGGCCAUGUCAGGAUUCAAUCUGCUCCACCUGAUAAGCAAGAGUCAACCUGUGGUCCUUCGGCCCUGUGGCCUCCCCUCAGGAACAUGUCGUACCAAGAAGACGUGGCCGGUGUCGUUCUCCCAGGAGGAGCUGAAGCAACGGCUCACGCCCAUGCAGUACCACGUCACCCAGGAGAGGGGGACUGAGAGCGCCUUCAGGGGGGAGUUCACCGACCAUAAGGAGGACGGCACCUACACGUGUGUCGUGUGCGGGGCGCCACUGUUCAAGUCGGGCACAAAAUUCAACUCUCGAUCAGGCUGGCCGUCCUUCUUCGACCUGGUGAAGGACGGCUCCGUCACCCUCGCAGACGACUUCUCCCACGGCAUCCACCGCGUGGAGACCACAUGCAGCCAGUGCGGCGCCCACCUGGGUCACCUGUUUGACGACGGGCCGCGCCCCACCGGGAAGCGCUACUGCAUCAACUCCGCCUCGCUGGGCUUCCAGGGGAGUGAGGCGGAUGCGGUCGCCACGGACACCGCCGCCACCACCGAGGAUGGGGCCGGGGGCGGGGCCAAGGCGGGGGGCCGGCCGGCCUCUACCGUCGCCCCAGCGGGGGGGAAGAAGGAGCUGUGAGGCGGGGGGGUCGUCCCAGAGAGGGGUGGGGGGGGGGGGGGCAGGUGGAGACCUCAGAGGAUGCGGUCGUCGUGGCGAUAUCACAGGUUGUUCUUCAGUUGAUGAUCGGAUCCCAGAAGUGUAUUUUUUCGAUAGAUCCAUCGCUCUGAAAGUGGGGUAGUAUUUUUGGAUGAUGAGGGAUGGGUUUUGUACCGGGGGAGGGAGUAACCCAUUCGUACACGCCUUGAUGGGCUGUCCGCCGCAUUGCCUCGUAGACAGACCAAAUAUACACUCACAUUAUCUAUCUGCUGGGAAACAACCAAAACAGGAGCAAUGCAGACCUUUAACGGGCUCCGCGGACUGGUUCUUACGGCCUUUAUGUUGCUGGUUGGAUAGUCACAAAACGGAAACGAAUUGUACUGUUAAAAUAUAUACUUGUAUAUCAAUUUUUGAUAAAAUAUGUUACAGUAUUUUAUUAUUGAAAUAUAUAUUUGAAGUUUAUUUUGGGAGUGUAUUGCCGAAUACAGUUAUUUUAUUUUAUUUUGUUUUAUUUAAAAACGUUUGGAUUGGUAUUGUGGAUAACACUAUGCAGCUACUCACAUUAAAUCUAAAAUACACAUCAAGCGAAUGAAGCAGAACAGCUUGAUUUUUGCUUUGGGCACUAUUCACUUUUGUUGCUUGCAUGUGUUUUGUGUGUGAUCUGAUGAACUUCCUCAGUUAGUCAUUAUUUAAAUAAAGACACUGUUGACAUGGGUUUAAUAAAAGGAUUUGGACGCAAAA